AUGAAUUCGGUUCCCUUUUCUUCCCUCUCUUCCCAUCGAUCGAUCCACUGCCGUCUUACCCCAACUUUAGGUUUGAAUCCACGUAUCAAAUCAGCGACAUUGGAUUCUAGUUCCACAACAAUCCUCGACGAUCCGACAUCGGCUUCCGCUUCAGAAGAAGAAAGUCCAGCGAAGAUCCAGCAAAGAUCGGCGCUAGGGUUAGCAGAAGAAGAAAAUAGAAUGGAAGCAGCGGGAUGUGGGGUCUGCAAUUGGUUUCCACCUCCGGUGAUAAAAGCCCCGAUAUUGGGUUGUUUGGUGAUUGAGAAGGGCAGCAACGAUUCAAAAAUAGAACUCGAUAGGCUGAAGUGGGUCUUUGAAGGCUCAAGUGGCAGCCCUUACAAUUGAUGGAAGAGAUAGCCACACAAUGUUGUAAUUAGAUUCAAGGUAAAAGGUUGUGCACAUAAGCUGUUUGAUGAUAUGCGUGAGAGGGGUAAUCAUUUAUGAAUAGCAGGGUAUUCGUUUGCUAAUAACAAUGUAUUCAUUUGUAAAUAGCAGUGUAAUCAUGUGUGAAUGAGUGUAUUUUAUUUAUGAUUAGAGGUAUUGUUUUAUUCAUUUGUGAAUACUAG